AUGAUCAGAGCUGAAGCUGAUCAAAACAAUGAUCUAAUACAAGGUAUGGACUGGUUAUCUUCCAACCAUGUCCUUCUCAAUUAUGCCAAAAAGUCUGUAAGGUUUUCUAAUUCUAAGGACCUAUCAAUUUCAUUAUCCAAACCAAUACCCAAGUUUUCUUGGGGUAAAGUUCAAGGAUAUUUAAUCUUGUCCUCUAUGGAAGCUAAAGAAGAAGUCGACUUGAAAAACAUAGUUGUUGUUCAAAAUUUUCCUGAAGUUUUCCCUAAUGAUAUUCCUGGUUUGCCACCUGACAGAGAGAUUGAAUUUUUGAUUGAUUUAAUGCCUGGAACUGGACCAAUUUCAAUGGCACCUUAUAGGAUGUCACCUUUUGAAUUAUCUGAGUUGAAGAAACAAUUAGAAGAGUUUCUUGAAAAACAACUCAUACGCCCUAGUGUAUCACCUUGGGGGGCUCCUAUUGGAGCGCGGGGGUGA